UUUGAAUUUUGUUUCUUUUUUUUCGGACAUGUUAAACAUUCCUUAGUAAGACAAGGAAAAUGGUUCAUUAGUAAGAACUAAAUGAAUCUUAGGAAAGAAAUGGAGAUGAUUUAUCCAAGGAGAAGCAUAUCAUGGUCGCAAAAAUGACAAAAUCUUCAUAGCUGUGUUUGAAGAUGCGUUGUGUUAUUCCAGGCAGAUCAGUGAAAUGUGUGUUCACUUUUAGAUCGAAGCUUAACUUAUCUAUGACUUUAAGAUUUCGUUCGCUCUCUCAACACGUUUUUGUGUGUGUUUCAGUGUUUGCGAAGGCAAUCCAUUGUUUAUCCAAGAUUGGUAAUGAGCUGUAUCUGGAGGCUCUGUCAGAAGGGGUGAGUUAAAAAAAAUCAUGUGAUAGUCCGAAAGUUCUCAGAUACAGUAAUAAUUGCAGGUACGUUGGCAAGAAUUUUCAGGAGGGGUGAGGGAUCUCAGGAAACAUCUCAACAGAAGCAAACAAGGAAGGUUUUUCAUUGUGUGCAGCGAAGGGGGGUAGUGGGAAAUAAGUCCCUCAGGACCCACCCCCCUGGCAUUGAGUCGCUGAGGAAAGUAUAGCAAAGGAACAGUGAGAGUCAAUAGGAUUUACUUGGGUCCCCUCCCCCCUUCCAUUCGAUAGGAAAAAAUUGGUUACAAUGAUAAGACUAAAGAUGGAUAAUUACUCUUUACUUACUCUCACUUCUCUUUAUAACAGCUUGCGCUAAGGACAGUCAGCUCAUCUCGCUCAGCAUAUGCUUGCUUUCUCUUCAAUGAGAGCUUUUUUAUUAGUUAUGAUGAUGGAUCAGAUGAAUCGGCUGGGGAUUCAGAGGAAGAGGAUUUAUUAAGAUGCAAGAUUGCCAUGAAGGUCAGAGGAAUGUUUGGUUUACAUGACUGUAUUUAUUACCACUGCUCAACAGUUUCAAGACUAAGUCUGACUCAGCAUAGAAUGCAGUAAAUAACUUAAUUUUGAGAAAUGUUACAGGUGUGUAGCAUGCACUAGGUUCAAGAGGCAUUUCUUUCAACAGACCUCUAGUAUUUUACUGCACAGAGAAAAAACAAAGCAGAACAGAAAACGAAAACAAAUUGAAAGAAGACAUUGUCCAAGUAGCACAAGUUGAUUGUAAUAUUUCUUAAAGUAAACUGAUAUUUGUUCAAGGACCAAAAGUUGAUUGUAAUAUUCCUAGAUGUAAACUUAUGUCUUUGUGCAGAAGGUUCCAGAGAAUAACACUUAGAGGGACAACACCUCUGCCUUCCCAGUGCUACAAAACCCAGUGUGCAGCGUAGAGCCUUAAGUGACCUUUUCUUGCAUUUUUAUUUACAGUCAUGCCUGUCAGCUUUUAAAUCCAUGAACACAAUUGAGAAAACAGUGGAUCAGUGCAAAAUAGAUCUGAAUGUCAGGGAGGCUAGGCUGGUUUUUCUGUUCUACUGCAGACAUGGUAAACUUAAGUAAACUUCAGUCAGUCUUACUUACAAUGUAAGUCUGUAGGAGGUCCACACAGAAAAAAAGUUGUCCAAUGUCUAUAGAAUGAAGAAACUGUUUCAAAGAGUAUUUAAAUCACCUCGAAUGGAAUAUUUGUACAUCCUAGUUUGUUCUUCUUUAGUAUUUUGUAAGGAAUCCCAGACAGUUUGGUGAACACAUUCUCUCUCCAAGGCAGAAGACAUUCUGUUGGCGUAAAAUAUCUUGCCCAGGAGCAUAACACAAUGAUGGCUGCCUGGAAGGAAACAUUGUAAAAGUUUUUGAGGCCAUAUUAUCACAGUUGUAAUUAUUCCAACAUAACAGGAUUGUUUAUUUUUGGGUUUUGAACUUGUUUUUUUUUUCUUUUCAACAAUUGGUCUAAAAAUUAGAGACAAAAAGUUGCUGCAGUUUUACAAAUGUAAGUCUUAAUUCAAUCUUUAGGUACACAAAUUGUCAACUCAUAUAAAUUUUUUUAUGUUUUUUUUUAUUUUUCUUUCUUUGAAUUCUUACAGGCAUUACAAAGACUUACAACUUGACAUUUCUAGAGUGCGAAACCUUGCAAGCUGUGUUUGCAAAAGACUUGUGUCCAAAUUUUAUGACAACUCAAGCCAAGUAAGAAAAAUUUGAAUGCCUUUUUUCAUCAGUCUUCCAAAUUGCCAUGGUGAAAUCUGAUGUUCAAAGCUCCUACAAGGCAGAUUCUCAAGGGAAACUCAUGAUUAAGUAUCCUCAGCUAGCUUUGAACUUUAACAAGAAUUUGUAAAUUUUACAUGGUGUUUGUUUGCACUUUUAUAAAAACCAGACUUUUUCUUGCGGAACAUUUGUAGAGCUUUCUGUAUUAGUGAGUCUUAAAGGAGAGUUCCAAUUAUAACAUGAUAUUUCCUACUUUUCACAGAAUUCUCAAUGAUGCAGUGGUUAACUUUCCAAACAACCAAGAAGAAAUAACUCUUGUUGUCAGUCCUGAGACCUUAAAAGUCAAGAACUAUGUGGAUGAUGAGCCUGGUAAGAAGAAAAAAAGCAAAAGUGACUGUUAUUUGAUAAUUAGAAAGUCAACAGUGGCAAAAAAAAUCAACUAGUUAUAGAUAGCUGAACAGAUGGGUAUCUCAAGAGCCUUGUCAGUGUGAGCAAACCUUAUUUUGAUCAGUUAAAAAUACAGUGACUUCAAUUUCAUCCCCGACUGAAUAAGUAAGAAGUAACUGUAGGUUCUUGAGAGUCUUUGAAACUAUAUCUGAUAUUACUUGGUAGUCUAAAUGGUGUCAGAAAAACAGUCAACUCCCAUUAUUGCAGACACCCACAGGGGAGAUUUAGUGUCCCUUAUAACAAGAGUCAAUAAUUGCAGGGUAUGAGAGAAAGAAGUAAUGUUUUGUCUCUAAAAAUAUGAAAUGACAUGUAACUACCCAGACAUUAAGUUUCUAAUGUGGCCUCACAAACAGGAAAAAGAUCUGGGCCACAAGCUGGAAAUUAUCAUGCUUGCAUCCAAUUGAAGAAUGGUUUCUUUAUUUUCCUUUAUUUUCCUUUAUUGUAAUGUUGCUUUAUAUAUAUUAUGUGAGUCAGGAUUUUGGACAAAAUGUAUGCUAUAGCAAGGGGAAAAAAAUUGAAUGUUGCACCUGGGGGGGGGGGGUGCAUUGCAAGUGUCUGCAUCGUGGUAGGGUGUAUUAGUGAGCAUCCAUAAUAAUAGGAGUUUAUUGCAAUCAUUUCUUUAUGGGUUUUGCCAGGGGGCUGGCUAUUUUCUACAAUGGCAGGGCGUCCAUAACCAUAAUAGCAAGGUGUUCGCAGAACGAGAGUCCACUUUACAUAUACAUGGAAACAUGUAUCCACUGUGAAUCCUAGAAUUUCACUCCAGCAUGUGUUAAAAUAUUAAUUAUUUCUUGGCUUCUAUUUUGGAGGCUUACAAUCAUUGUCACUAUAGUGGUAUAGUGCUAAAUGUGUCCUCUUUUCUUACAGAACCAAAUCGAGUCAUUCACUCAGAAAUGAUGUUAGCUCCAGAAGAGUUUGAUAACUAUCAAAUUGGAGUUGAUACAGAGGUUACAUUUUGUCUCAAGGAGCUAAGGGUAAGUGUACAACUAACCAUAAAAAUUUAAUGACAGAAGCUAAAAUUAAUUUUGAUCAGAUUUAUUUAGACAAGAAUUAACACUGCUAUCUUCACAAUGAAAAAGGUGAAAAGUUCUCUGAGAAUAUGUAGUUGAUCAAAUCUGCAUAUCAUUUAUGUCAAUUUUUAAGCCAGAAUUUUUACCUUUCUGUAUUGCAGGCUAUUUUAACAUUUGCUGAGUUCUCAAGUCAACCAAUAAAUAUGCAUUUUGAAACCAGUGGAAGGUUAGUAUAUCACCAAAUAUCUACAACUAUAUAAAAGCAGAUUAUGAACAGUUGAGGGAGAAAGAAGAGUGCUACUUAAAAAUUAAACAGGAAAAACUGUCAAUUUGGGUCCAAGUGUAUAACCCAGAAAUGUGUUUUCCUGCAUAAAAUACGAUAAAAAAUACAAAGAAGCACUAAGUUGCACUUUUCACCCCAGAGAGUCACUAUUGCAUUUUGUACCAAAAAACUUUUCACUAGAUUGUAUAUUUCCAACCCAAAAGGACUUCUUGCCUAACUCUCAACUUUGAAAAGUCAGAGUGUUCCCUGAGCUGCAGAUUAUAGGGAGUUAUCAUUUACAUGGAAUUAUCUUCAGACCCAUAGUGUUCAGUAUGGAUGGAGACUCAACUUAUGAAGCUGACUUUGUGCUGGCAACUUUAAUUGAUCACCAGUCCUCCACCCAGUCAUCUCAAGCAUCUGUCACAGCAGCACCCAGCACAUCUGCUAAAAAAGUUCCAAAAGAUAGGAAUGUCAAAUGGUGAGAAAGUUAAAUAAAUACAUAGUCACUCAUAAGAUCUGACAAACCCAUUCUGUGCAGGUUAUGUCAAGAAUUGAGUAAGUUUAAACAAAAUUUUAAGAUUAAACAUUUUCAAUCUCAUCUUUGAAGGCUAGCCUUGUUCAAUAGUGAUCAAAAAAUUUAUUUGUAAAGGUUGAAUUUUUUUUUUGGAUUGUGCUGAUUAGCUCUGCAAAGACAGAUCCAACAACAAACCCUGACCAAGUUAAACAGAAAGUGGGUGCCAGUUCACAUAUCAAGACUGCACAGAACUCCCAGACUAACAAUCACUACAAUGACAUCGAACAAAAUUACUCCUUGUUUAAUGAAGAAAAUAAUGAUGGUGAUAUGGACAUGACAGAGGUUGAUAAAGUCUUGCUCAAAGAGAAAACUCCAGGGCCAUCUCAAAAUAGUGAAGGGAAAACUAAUAAUAAGAAAAGUCAGAGCAAUUUUGGGAAUAAUGCAGAGGAGACAAGCCAAAGGUACUUGAUUGUCAUACUGUGUGAAUAUUGUGUGUAUUAUGACUUUCUCAUAUGACUGUAUUUGUAAGUAUGUGUGAAGAGCCCUUGGUUCUCUUCAGUGGUAGACAAAUGAUGAUUUUAAUUUCAAUAGUUGUGCCUCACAAGUGUCCUUUUAAGCUGUAGAUUUUCAGUGAAUGAUCUUAAAGUUUCUUAAUUUUUCAAUUUGUAAUCACAGAGGUAAAGAUGCCAAUAAAUCAGUUCUGGAUGAAUUCUUUAGUGACUCAUUUCCUUAUCAAGGUAAAAAAAAAACUCAGAUAGUGAUAUUCACUUCUCUGUAAUGGACACAGUUCUGCAAAACAUAUCAUGCUGUCUACUAGGAAGGGAUUGAACUGGCCAUGGUGAAUAGAGUUAUCUACCUUUUGAAAAAUUUAAAAUCAUGAGCUACAUAUCUGUUGUAGUCUAAAUAAUUCCUGUUCAAUUUAAUUUCUGUAUUGUCCAAUUUUGUUCAAAACAAAUUCAACCUAUUAGUUGUUUGAUGUGAUUUCUUUUGUUCAAGGACUAUGAUAAUGCACUUGGAAUGGGGGAAAAUAUUACAACUAGCUUGAAGUCAUUUUGAAUUGAAAUCCAAUUUAAACAGCAAAAUUUAUAUAUUUCUAUUUUUUAAUUAUCAUAGACCAACCUAAGGAGCCAUGUCAAGAUAUGAUCGUUUGUUCUUUCUGAGCUGCAGAAAAUUUGCUCUGAACUGAUAUCAAAUCCUUCAACUUGAAAUAAACAUUUGCCACAGCAGGCAAAGAUGAUGAUGAGGUCAAGACCAUGCUCACAAUGGUGUAUUUAUUUCAAUCAAGUUUUCUUUUGAGUUUAUUUUUAUUUUUGUUGUAGAUGUGUUUACAGCGAGGAAGAAAGAUCUUUCAGUCAUCCCUGAGGCCAGUCAGGAAAGUGCAAACACUUCUGUGUAUCCUUUUGAAUGUUCUCACUCCAGCUUAGAAAUAACAAAAAGGUGUCUGUAAUAUUUGUGUUCAUUAUGAUGGUCAUCAACCAUUUUAGAAACUACUGUGGGACUUUCUAUCCUUGCUUUCCUCAAUAAAACCCUCAUGUGUACUCUUCCUUAACUCAUGUGUAGGCGUGGCAGUGCUCAACCCAUACAAACACCGCCUAGUACGGUCACAGGUAUGGCAAAAAGUGGUUAAUUUUUUUUUUUAUUUGAAUAAAGCCUGUAAUUGUCAAUAUUAAAUAGCAAUUUUGGGUCCUUUUAGAGCCUAUACCCAAAUGCUUUUACAAUUUAUUCAAAGGAUAAGCCUUCUAUAUACUCUCGGUUACCCUACUCAAUAUUUACCUACUUUGAAGCCACUGCAAGAAGGAAUUAGUUGGGUUUUAUGCUAUCAAUCCAGCGGUUUAUAGGACUGUAGGCAAACUUACCACUAACUUCUUACUGGCAGUUUGGGCAUGUCAGGCUGUGUCACAACUAUGAAUUAUCUUUUCUUUUUUCGUCAAAAAAGGGGUCCUAGAAACCCCUAGCCAUGCCCCAGGUCUUAUGUCUGAGGUGCGUGCAUCCUCGGCUCGGAUGUGAUAGGAUGACGAAUUCUGCUUGUCAGGGGAUACCCAGUGCUCAUCAUUACUUCGUAUUGCCUCUUGUGUAAAAUGGUGCAAUUGCUAUGGACAGUCUGUGAGGAUGACUCGCGUAACAUAUGUACGUGCAAUUGCACGUAUAGCAAAAUCAUACUGUAGUAACGUUUGUCCUCUUGUUCCUUCCAGAUGUAUCAUUUAUGAAGAAUUUGGACAUGGUAGGACAAUCGUAAAUUAUUAACCACGUUUGUUUCGUACAGGAAUGUAUUGAGUAAAUACCUGUAAAAUGGAUCAUUUCAGUUUGACUCAGGCAGGGCCAGCAUCUUGUGUUCUUUAGGGAUAACCUCUUCUCCCAAAGUGCCAUGAGUAUCAAAAUGAGAUGGAAAAUCCUUGAAUAAGAACGGGACAUAUUUCAUUGGUUUCUGGAGGUUUCACCCCAUUGCAAGCCGGCUUCUUACUAGUUGGCCUCCACCUUGACAAGUUCGUACCAAAUGACGAUGGGGACAAAGUAGCUAUCUUAAAUGAGGCGAACUAGUCUUAGCAAUGGUAGGGAGCGAACUUGCAAUGGGGCGAAACCUCCAUAAAGCAGGCGAAACCUUCAGAAACCAUGUACAGAUCACUUGCCCUAAUUUUGUUAUGUUACCAACACUAAGAAAUGUUAAAAUAACUGUAUAUUCUCAAUCAGCCUUCCUUGGGUGACAGUUGCAUCAGCCUUGACGAGAACUCGUUAAAUCAAACUGGACCAAAGAAGACAAAGAGACGUCCAGUGGAACCUGAUAACAGCUCGAUGGAUGUAGAUGCUGAUGAAGAUUAUGAUUUUGUUCCGGGGACCCCACCCCACAAAAAGGUACUUUGUGUAAAUGUAUUCACUUAUUGUAAAAAAAGAUUCUCUAUUAUCACUUGACUUCACUAUAGAGAAUUUAUCCACAGAGCUUUUGAAUAACUUUGUUUGACUUAAAAAGGGACAUAAGCUCGUUGGAAUUUGCACUUUCUCUGUAUCAAUUCUGCGAACGCAACUUUUCUUUUAAUUUGUCAUUUUCUAUUUCACUUUUUUUCACAAAUUUUGUCUUCUUUGUUUCAGUUUAAAUCCAUGUUUUUCGCCGCUUCUAAACAGCAAGUAAGUUAUACUGAUUUUCGUGACAUAAAUAACGAAUGGAUCUAUUUCCAGAGAGUGAAACCUUUUGAUGUGCUCCAAGUUGAGUCUCAAAUCAUGUUAUUCCUUUAGCGCUCCAUAGAUUCUGAGGUCUUUUGAUGUGCUUUCGAUUGACACUGAAAUCUUUUGAUGGGCGCUCUAUCGACUCUGGGGUUUAAAAUUGUGCAACUUAAAAUUUCGUUACUCGCUCCGCAGUUGAGAUCUUUCAUUGCGUCUAUCUUAGAUUUCUCUCAAAGAUCUUUCAUUUUGCUCUCUGCCUCGGCUCCUGUUAGCUGUCUAACUGUUUACUUGACGAUCGUUUUCACCAUGAAAAAGGUUGCCAGGGUUAAAGCUCUUUUUUGCUUAGUUAGUGUCAGAACUCUAAGACUACAUUGGCGUGUAAUUGACUCUCUGGUUGCCAGUGUCCCCUCUUAAGACGUGUUGGGAAAUGAUAAUUACCCUCUCGCAGUCAUUCGCAGAAAAUCGCAGGGUUACUGUCGACGCAUUAAGGAAAGCGUAAAACCUUCAAUUUUCACGUUUUCGAGAAAGACUAUCUUUUUUUGCUAGUGGUGAUACUUAUGUGGCAUGUUCCGUUUCCUCUACAGGGUGUGUCACAAGAUGAAGUACUUGCAGCAGAUAGUGAUGAAGACUAAAAAUUUGCCAUCCAAGCAUUGUCGAUGCCAUGGAGGUACUUACUAGUCUCUUAAAGAAAGGAAAAUAUUGCAUUACUCGGCUAAAGAGACUGAAACAUCUCUCAGCCAUAUCGAAAGCAUAUCAAAAGGAAAGCUUGUUACAAGAUCUGCAGUAAUACGAGGAUAACAUAAACUAUUCGCUCUCUUGCGAGACUGGUCAUGAAUUUUAAGCAAUUUAAGGGCUGUACCACUGAACGCUUUUUUAUGACAGCUUGAUGCAACUACGUUACCAACCAAAACUUGACGUAUUUCUUGUCAGUUUUACAAAGAAUUUAAUCGUGAAAACAAGUCCUAUAAAAUAUUCACAGUUUUCACUUGAAUGCCUAUUACUAUAGAGCUGAAUUUAACAAUUCAAAGAAUACAUAUUGUAUACUCAUUUCUUGAAGUAUUUAUGGCCCCUCUUGAUUUAUCACUCCUUCCCAUUUCAAUGAUGAAAGUCACCGAGAUGAAUUAUUUUUAAUAAAUAUCUACCUG